GACAGUGUAAGGCUCAAUGAUCAGUCGCCUGAGAUAGGAGACCUAGGAGGGAGGCGGGAACUAGGCUUAAGGGUUGUGUCCACCCAGCAGUCUCUAAGAUCUGAGCGGACCACAGGAGGCGCCACCAGGACAUCUCUGCAGCUCUCGGUGCCAGGGAGGAGCGAGCCUCAGUCUUGGCCACCGCGGCUCCUGCCUGUGCUUCUCUGUCCCUGCAAGGGGCGCUCAGGCUUCCUAGCCUUUGCCUGAGCUGUCAGCUUUUCUCUACCCGAAAUCAACCAUGGAUGUCAACUCCCGGCUUCCUGUACAAAGCCAUGUGGGUAGUUGAACCAAACUCUCCUACCUGCUUCUCUGCUGCCCUGCCUGCCAAGAGACACUCCCAGGAAUCCAGCAACGCGGAGUCACCACUGAUGCAUGAAGUUUUGGAACCACAGCAGAGCAGUAGCAGUGCAGCGGGCAGCCUGGCUGGCUCCAUCACGGCCUGUAAGAAGGUUCUUCGCAGCAACAGCUUGCUGGAGUCCACGGACUACUGGUUGCAGAACCAGAGGACGCCUUGCCAGAUUGGGUUUGUGGACGACGAGUCUGAAAACUGUGCUUCGGUCUGCUUUGUGAAUCUGGAUGUAAACAAGGAUGCCUGCAGCACAGAGCACCUGCAGCAGAAACUGCUCAACGUUUCACCAGACCUUCCAAAACUCAUCAAUUCCAUGAAUGUCCAACAACCGAAAGAAAAUGAAAUUGUCCUCCUAAGUGGGUUAGCCUCUGGAAACCUCCAGGCAGAUUUUGAUGUUUCACAGUGCCCUUGGUUAUCUGAUAUCUGCUUGGUUCAAUGUGCAAGAGGAAACAGACCAAACAGUACCAACUGCAUCAUCUUUGAGAUCAACAAGUUCCUAAUUGGCCUGGAAGUGGUGCAGGAGCGCCAGCUCCACCUGGAGACCAAUGUUUUGAAGCUGGAGGAUGAUACAAACUGUUCCCUGUCUUCAAUCGAAGAAGAUUUUCUUACAGCCUCUGAGCACUUGGAGGAAGAAAUUGAGGUGGAGGAAUACGGAAGUGGUUUUGAAACUAUAAACCUGUCAGUUAAUAUUUUGGAAGGCAAAAAGCCUAAGGAAGCGACCCAGGAAGGAUGGGAUUACCACAAGGAAAAGUCACAUUGUGCUUUAGGGGAAAAACAUGUUAGGAAAUACCGUACACCCUUGAUGAAACUUGAAGGAUCAAAGGAAAACAUAGCAGAGAACACAGCUUUGCAAAGUCUCAAUCCUUCAGCUGGGGCAUCCUGCUGGAAAAGUGAAGUUGCAGAGGGGAAAAAACAGCUCACCUCAAACCCCUCCUACCCUGAAAACAUCAAAGGAGAAACAGAAACAUCUCAGAUGCUAUACAUUCCUAGGGACACUUAUCUCUCCAUGGUUAAGAAAGAUGGGCUUUCCCAGUGUGGAGCUGUCACUGAGCAGAGCAGCAACCACAGUGACCGUGGUGGCAUGGGAAACUCUCUUUCAGUUGUUCAAAAUGGAGAAGCCACCGCAGGGGAGUAUGCUACAAAUUUAGCUGAAUCAGUGCUGCAAGAUGCCUUUAUCAGAUUAUCUCAGGCACAACCAACACUCCCCAGGGAAUCUUCAGUCAGCAUCUCUGUGGGAAGUGCUCUGAUUCCCAGUGGCUGUUGUACAAGAGAUAUGGUGGUACCUCGUUCGUGGGAUGAGCUCCCCAAAAUUGUCAUUGUGCAGAGCCCAGAUGGCAGUGACACUGCCCCAGAACCAAGUGUCUCUUCCUGGCCUGAGAUGGAAGUUUCUGUUGAAACUUCAGGCAUCUUUUGUGGAGAAGGCACCAGCAGACCCACUCAGAGUGCCCUAGAAGUUGCACUAGCUUGUGCGGCCACUGUCAUUGGAACCAUUUCCAGUCCACAGGCCACAGAGAGACUCACCAUGGAGCAGGAAUCCCUGCUAUCCAGCUAUGCCCAGAGAGACAGUGAGGUACAGCAAACUCAAGUGCCCCAAGUACUCAUGGAACCUUCUAUAACUGAAUACUCCUUCCCAUCAGCUCUGUGUGGCAUGACACAGGUGGCAAGUGCUGUCGCUGUCUGUGGCCUAAGUGAAAGAGAAGAGGUGACAUGUCCUGUAGCUCCAAGGGACCUCUUACCCACAUCUGGGGCUUCUGAAGAAACAUCCUCAAUUGGCAGCUUAGUGAUGGAGAGGAGCGCAGAGCUGGGGAAAGAAGCCAUUGCAGGGGCUCUGCUCAGGGAGGCUGCUGGGGUUUUAGCACGGCCUGAAGCAUACAGCAGCCUUGGAGACCUCUUGGACUCCGUGAAGAGGAGCAUCAUAGAAACCACUUCCAACACCCAGACCCUGUGCAAAGAAAACAUUCAAAGGAAUGAACUGGCACAGACCUUGGCCAAUGUCAUCCUCAAGCAUUCCAUUGAUGAAGCUCAACAGAGAAACACAACAGCUCACCCCACCGACGAAAGGCAGCCCUAUGGAACUCUGGACACCUUAAUGGAGAGUGUGAACCAGCUGCUCCAUAAUGUGAUCUGCUUCACAUUCAAAAAGAUGCAUCAUGUCGUCUCACUCGGGGAACAUCCCAGCAGCCUCUCUAAAGAGACCAUCAGGUGGACAGAGCCCGAAGCCUUAGGUUGCCAGUCAUUUGAUAAUCAGGCUGCUGGUCAGGCAUGGGCAAAAUCCUCAGCAUGCUCCAACGGCCAUGCUCUUGGCAAUGCCCGUGACACUGGCCUUGUCAUCAGUGAUCUUGAGGCUGGAGCUCCUAAGCAAAACAAGUGUGGAUCAAGGCCGGGACUAUUCAACAACCCCAGGCUGCAAUCUGAAUCCUCACGCGGUCAUAGAGUGCUUGAUUCAACUACUAAAACAUCCCCCAAGGAAAUGUAUCUGAAAGGGAUUGUAGGAGAGGAUUCAAAGACCCCUCCCCACACACUCAGUUAUGAUGGCAAUGAACAGAGAGCCUCUACAGAAAUAGGGAAGUUACCCAAAACAAGCAAAUGCUGCAGUGACUCCCAGGAAACUGAAGAUGGUAUCGUUCCAAACAUCCAAGAGAAAUACACCUGUGCCACACCCAUAAACAACGAAGUUCAAGUUAACCGCUCCUUGUUAGGGGAUGACCUGGUGUUUCCUGCUCAAUCUGCAUUACAGGCAAAGCAGUCCGAGGUCUACUGCAUCACAGACUUUGCAGAAGACUUGGCAGAGACUGUUGUCUCCAUGGCAACCGAAAUUGCCGCAAUCUGCCUUGACAACUCCAAUGGAAAACAGCCGUGGUUUUGUGCUUGGAAAAGAGGGAACGAGUUUCUGGUGGCGCCUAAUGGUUCCUGCCGAUCCCUGAAGAGGAAGAAGGAGAACUCCGGCAGUGGCAGCACUGUGAGGAAACACAAACCACCUCGCCUCAGCGAAAUCAAGAGAAAAACAGACGAGCAUCCGGAGCUGAAGGAGAAGCUGAUGAACAGAGUCAUGGAUGAGUCUAUGAACCUCGAAGACACUCCUGAUUCUGUCAGUACUUUUGCAAACGAAGUGGCAGCCAAGAUCAUGAAUCUAACAGAGUUUUCCAUGGUGGAUGGGGUGUGGCAAGCCCAGAGUUGUUCCCAGAAUCGGUUUCUAGGUGGUGAUAGGUGGAACCGGCUGAAGGCCUCCAGCUGUGAAAGCAUUCCAGAGGAGGACUCUGAUGCCAGGGUCUAUGUAAACAGCCUGGGUUUAAUGAGUACCUUAAGCCAACCAGUUAGCAGGGCCAGCUCAGUCUCCAAACAGUCCAGCUGUGAGAGUAUCACUGAUGAGUUUUCCAGGUUCAUGGUGAAACAGAUGGAAAAUGAAGGGAGAGGAUUUGAGUUACUGCUGGAUUACUACGCUGGCAAAAAUGCCAGUAGUAUUCUGAGCUCAGCAAUGCUGCAGGCAUGCCAGAAAAAUGACCACCUCAAUGUGAGGCCUAGCUGCCCCUCUAAGCAGUCCAGCACAGAGAGCAUCACAGAAGAGUUCUACAGAUACAUGCUGAGGGACAUUGCCAAAGAAGGUAAAGAUGGUUCCUCCUCCAGACGAAGCAGCCAUGACUGGACCACGGGCUUGCUGUCUCCUUCUGCCCGCUCCCCGCUGUGUUACAGACAGUCAUCUAUGCCUGACAGCAGGUCCCCAUGCUCCAGAUUAACAGUGAAUGCGCCAGUCAAAGCCAACUCCUUAGACGGCUUUGCCCAAAACUGCCCUCAAGAUUCCCUAAACGUGCAGCCAGUCAGUAGAGCUUCUUCAUCCGGUCUCUGCAAAUCAGACUCAUGCUUGUAUCGCAGAAGUGGCACUGACCAGAUCACAAACAUGCUAAUCCAUGAAACAUGGGCCAGCUCCAUUGAAGCUCUCAUGAGAAAGAACAAAAUUAUUGUGGAUGACAGCGAGGCAGCUAGUGUCAGUCCUGGUCCUGUUUCUGGUGUCUCUCCUUUGCAAGUAGACAAGUGUGCAAACAGAUUAGCCACCAGCAGAGGUCACAGGAGACCAACUCUGCUUGUAGAGGAGUCUGUGGAUUCCCAGAGAAAGGAUGUUGUUCCUGAAAGCAAUCGUUCCCCAGCGUCAUCUCCAAGCAAAACUGCUCCUGUUACAAACCCCAGUGGUUUUGAUGGUAGAAGAGAAAUUUCUUCAUGCCACAAUGCCAUUGUUCUCAAACACUCCAGGCAGACACUUUGCUCAAGGGAUGUACCUUUGAUUCAGAUAGAGACAGAUCAGAAAGAAGAGGGCCUUGGAGAACAUGAACCUAUCCUUCCCCAAAGUGGCUCCCUAGAGGAAACAGAUGAGCACCAGCCUGAAGAAACCAUCCCAGAUGUGGCCAGAAGUGGCGACACAGCACUGGAAACCUGUCAAAGCUGUUGUGACAGCCUUGAGAACAGAGAGGAAUCAGAAACGGAAGUCUUGAAAGAAGCCAGACCCAUGGACGAGUCCCCCAACCCUCCCAGUAGCAGCGAGGAGAGUACAGGCAGCUGGUCCCAGCUGGCCAAUGAGGAUGACAACCCAGAUGACACAAGUAGCUUUCUGCAACUCAGCGAGCGGUCCAUGAGCAAUGGCAACAGUAGUGCCACUAGCAGUCUUGGCAUUAUGGACCUGGACAUUUAUCAGGAAAGCAUACCAUCUUCUCCCAUGAUUAAUGAAUUAGUAGAAGAAAAGGAGAUUCUUAAAGAACAACCAGAAAGCAUCAUGGAACAUGCCUCUGGACUGCCAGGGAGAGCAGCCAGCCCCCAGAGGAACCUGCUGGUGAUCAACUUUGACCUGGAGCCGGAGUGUCCUGAUGCUGAGCUCCGAGCCACAUUGCAGUGGAUAGCUGCCUCCGAACUCGGGAUCCCCACAAUCUACUUUAAGAAAUCUCAGGAAAGCAGAAUUGAAAAGUUUCUAGAUGUUGUGAAGCUUGUUCAUCAGAAGUCCUGGAAGGUGGGGGAUAUAUUUCAUGCAGUUGUCCAAUACUGCAAAAUGCAUGCUGAGAAGAAGGAUGGGACUCCGAGUCUCUUUGACUGGCUCCUGGAACUAGGAUAAGUCAGGUGCACCCCACAAAGACUUUCCCUCCUCUAUCCCAGCUUAGGUUACAGUGGUUUGCGCUAAAUGCUCGGAACUUUCUCAAUAUACUGCAUCCCAUUAGCAGAACUAUUUAAAAAUCUGCUCCAGUGCCACAGAAUAGGAAUAAGUCUGAGAGAUUGUGAAAUAUAGGUCUGUACUAAUCAAUAUCACCAUGGAUUUGUCCAAAAAAGCUUGUAUGAGAAUGGAUUCAAAGAGGGAUACAUCAGUGGGAUCCAAAUAGGAAAGUUUAUAACAAGCCCCUCCUCCAGGAAAGCUACACUCACAUAUAUAUCAGAGUAUAGAGUGAUCUAUAAUGUCUCCAGCUAUGUAAAUCAAAUAGAGACAAAGUCAUCGGGUCACAAUAAUUCUAUAAAUUAUGCUAAAACCUUCAUCGUACUUUGCUUAGCAGGUACAGGGGUUGCUUGCCCAGGUAAAUACUUGGGAUAUAGUUGAAAGUUUCAUGCCUUUAUGUGAAAGAUUUCCACUCUCAGACCAGUAUCAGUGAGUACUAACACACGUGCAACAGUGCUGGCAGAAUCCAUGUGAUGUGACUUCAUUUAUUUUCAGUGGCUCUUAAGUAUGGCCCCUCCCCAAUAACACCUGAGCUCCUCAAAAGACUACUGUCAUUCAAUGAAAUAAGAGAAGCUCAAAGUCACCUUAUUUCCAUCACUACAUUUAUUACCUGAGUAAAAUUAUUAGGAAAUUCUUGCCUAAAGGCAAGCUUUUUUAUUUAACUUUAUUUUGUGUGUAUUGGUGUGAAGGUGUCAGAUCCCCUGGAACUGAAGUUACAGACAGCUAUGAGCUGCCAUGUGGGUGCUGGGAAUUGAACCUGAGUCCUCUGGAAGAGCAGACAGUGCUCUUAACCACUGAACCAUCUCUCCAGCCCCUAAAGGCAAGCUUUUAAAAGUAAAUGAUAAAAUAAGCUUGUGUAUUGAGUUAUAUGAGAAAAAAUCAUUUUGGAUUGUUGUAAAUUAUGAAGAGAUUAUCUAAAUAAUAUAUUAUUGUCUUAGAGCUUCAUAAACCAUGAAGAGAUUGUUGUCUCAGGUUGUAGAGUGUCAUGAAGCUUGGUGACUGAUUGUACAAUGAAUGUGUUGACAUAUGUAUAGCUGACAUGUUUCUCCAAAGACAUUUAAGAUGAUGGAUGCGGGGUAAUGGCCUUGUGCUUGACAGGGCCAUCCAGGAAAGCAGACUUCCAGGCUAGGUGAUAUUGACACUGAAGUAGAUAAAUAAAAAUAUUUAUCACAUUUUUAAAAAAUUUAUAAUAGAGAUAGAGAUGUACUCCUUUGAAAACUCAAAGUAUCUAUAUGACCUUAAAAGUCUCCCAUUUCAACUAAAUAUGAUCCACUCCCCUCUAUUUUAUCAAUCAGAAAGAUGUUUAGUAUGUAUCUUCUGAAAUACUGUGUUUUUACUCUGUUUUUAAAGCUUACAGAAUACUUUAAUGUGAGCCAGGCCCCACACCAAUGUCAACCUUUCUUUUCUAUGAGUCACAUCCUAAAAUGUCAAGAAAGCUUCCUGGUAAGCCAUAGAUCUUCUCCUCUAUGACAGUAAUCUUCAAACCUCAGAAGGUAUUUGUCACACAGAUGGUCCAGAUUUAGGUGUAUGUUCAAUCUGAUGCAUUAACCAGGUUUUGAAAUCCAGCUAUCAUCUCAAACUGAACUGUGCUUCUUUAUGCUAAUACAUGAAAAAUGACAUUUUUAUUGUUCAAACAAUCCUAAACUAUCGUGUGUAAACUCUUGUUGUGCUCCAAUAAAUGUUUACUUAUCCUCCAAAGCACAAAUACUGGAUGUAACCAUGUGUUGUACCAAUGUUGCAAACUAAUCAAUAAAUUUCUGUUGCCAAA